AUGGAUACCCAACUGAAAGAAAAAAAAGAGGAAUUGAGCAUCACAAAUCUCAGCUUGUCGCGGUUGGCUCAACAAAAUAAGGUUCUUGAAUUACAGAUCCAGGAGAUUACUAACUCGGGCAACACAACUGUGUGGGAAAGCUGUGGAAAAACGUUUUUGACGACCAAGUCUGAAGACUACAUCUCUAAGCUGAAACAACAAAUCAAUGACAAUAAAGACUCCAUCAAUAGCCUGGGAAAAAAACAGAAUUACCUCGAGACAACGGUGAAGACUACUUAUGAUAACAUGCGCCAGCUUUUAGGGCCCGAGAGUACCUCCAAAUCUGCAUAGCCAGUUGCACUUGUUUAUAUAUACAUUACACUGCGCUGUACCCUCCUCUGCUCCCGCUGGUGAACAAUUUAUUUGCUAUCUCGCGCAAGAACUCGGGCAACUUGGUCAACGUCUCCACAAUUGACUCGACCAGCUCGUUCAAAAACUCAUGUGAACUGCCCACUCUGUUUGCGUUGAUCCAUGCCUGUGCUAUUAUAUAAGAGGCCAUCACUAUGACCAGAAGGAUGAAGAGCCAGGUGAAGACCCCCCACGAAUUGGAGUCAUCAUCUUUUGGAGCCUUGUUCUUUCCGUCUUUUGGAGGCGUCUCGUUAGAUUUGCAAGCGCUGGACGUUUUAUAUUGAAGUGACACGGUGGAAUAAUCGAAUUUGACCAAUUUGAGACCUUCUGCAUUAUCAUCGGACGCGCACACAAACUCAAUUUCAGCAUCCAAUGUAUAUGCUCCCCAAUUAGCGCCACGGAGGUUGACAAUAAAAGAACUCGUGUUGACAUCAAAUUGUGGUGUCAAUUUGUUUGAAAAUGAAAACACCUCAGUAAUUACUGGAUCACGAUUGGGAAGCGAAAUUUCUGUCAAUCCACAUAGCUGAGAAUCCUUUGGGCAUUCUGAAGGAAAAGUGUCAUCCUUGGGAGAUCCAGAACCAGAGUCGGUUAUCUUCAGGUACCAGGUUAUUUUCUUGGUAGAUGGAGGAGUCUCUUCUGUCCUGCUGACCAAAUGGGAGCCGAUCAACUCCUUCAUUCUCGGAUAGGCGGAAAAAUGCUCAUCUGAUAUAUCUAUUGCCAUGCUGAACCUGGCCAGCAGUAGUAGUAGCGGAGUAAUAAGAUGAAGCAUAUCAAG